CGCUUGGGGAAGCUGUGGUCUAUGAUCCCCUGGGUAAGGCAUAUACAUUCUGGACUGCCAGCAUUUGCAGGCUGUAUCUUGCCUCCCCACUGAAGAAGAUGUCUGAGAAGUUUGAAAUUGUCAACCUGGAUGUGAAGCCUGGGGAGGUCCUGAAGGUGAAGGGCAAGAUCUUUGAUGACACUGACAGAUUUGAAAUUAACAUUGGCAAAAGUUCCGGUGACUUGGGGCUGCAUUUCAACCCUCGCUUCGACGAAUCUGUCAUUGUCUGCAACUCCAGAUGCUCUAACAACUGGCAGGAGGAGCACCGUGAGGGCCACAUUCCGUUCUCCAGGGGCUCGGAAGUCAAGAUUCUCAUCUACUUUAUGGGAGACAAGUUCCAGGUGAAGCUGCCAGGUGGGCAUGAGCUGGAGUUCCCCAACCGACACAGUUACGACAAGAUUUCCUACCUGAGUGUGAAGGGUGGGUUCAGGGUCACCUCCUUCAAACAAGAUUGAUGGGGGCAUGGUCCUGCUCUAAUAAAUGUCCCUUUUGAGAAAUCAUCACUUCCUAA